CGUCUGUUUUUAGCAUGCGGCUCAGGGCUGGCUGCUGAGACGCCUCGGUGCUACGUUGAACGUUUGGUGCCUGUCUCCAGAUCUCACAGAUGCAGGGUCCUGGGGGUCACCGGUUGCAGGUGUCCCUUGCGGCUCUCCGAACAACGUCCAUGGCUCAACCCAGAUCCGUCGCUGAGGUGACUGGGGGUUUUCGAGGCCAAAUAAACAUACCUGAUCGUAGACAGAAUUGCUCUCGCACCAGUUACCCCCGGAAGAUGAUGUUGCCGAGUCCCUUGUUACCGGCGUGGCUUCCCAACCUGUCAGUAAUGACAUCGUCGCGCCCGACGAGUCCGACCACCACCAACUUUGUGCUCUUGUCCUCAACAACACUGCUCUGAAACUGAAACACCCCACAUUCUGCUCGUAUCGCCUUGUUUCGCCCUUAGUGCCUGAUCGCAAUGCCUAUCCGCAACCCAUUCCGUCGUGCGCCUGGCGCUGAAGCCACCGAUGAGGCGCAACGCAAUGCGACCGAUAAUGGAUUCAAGAACACAGCGGUCUCUGGAGCGCAACCGCUGCAGAUCCAAGAUACAACUGAGUACAAAUUGAGUGAAAUCAACGACAGCGGAGUGUACCUGCCCCCGUCCCCGCAGCAGGAGAAGCCCACCUUCUGGCAUUCCAAAUCCAAUACCUCUACCACAUCCUCGAAUCACCGAAGCCUGCUGGCCGAGACUGAGCCGUUCAACAUUUCGCGCGAGAGCUUCGACUCCUACAGGCGAUCAUUCGACAUCUCCGCACGAUCACCUAUUACAGACAUAACCGCCGAGACAUACCCGCGACAGUCACUCGAUGCACGACGAUCAAUGGACACGAGGCGUUCUCUUGACGUCCGCCGUUCACGAGCAACACCUCGAUCAUCUAUGCAACAAGGACGUCCUAGCGAAAGCACAGACCGAGUGCCAGAGGAGGGGUUCGAGGACGUGGGAUUGAAUGACGAGCCCAAGCCAGCGCCAGCGAAGAAGCGUGGUAUCUUCUCACGAUUCGGCGACAACAGCAAUGCGGAUAGCAAGCAGGAAGAACGACCAUCGUCUGGUCACCAUUUCUCUUUAACCGGACGAAAGCGCGCCGAGAGUGGAAAAGGCGAAGAGCUGAAGCCUAUGGGACGACAGUCUGUUGAUGUGUCGGUCGAGACACGGUAGAUACGAAGGGAAGAUGUUUGGACGAUACAGGGAGGAGUACACUAAAAUUACCCUCAGCAUUUGGGUAUAGGCGAGGACUGGGUGUAACGAGACGUUUAGGAG